AUGGGGACUCCAGUCUUUGCCGUCAGAAUUGACAUCCUUACACCAGAUUUUGUCCAACCGAAUGAAUCGAAAAAAUCAGGCGAUGUUAAAAGCACUCUCAAAUUCCGGAAAAAAGUCAACUCGAACAUCAGCCAAAAAAUUAAAGAAUUUGAAGGCGCGACCACAGGCCACGAAACAAAAAAGCUUUCAGUUGCUCCCGAGAUAACGGAAGAAUCCCAGCAGCGAAUACGGGGAAUUUUCGACCGAAUAAAAUCAGGUCCUAAAGGUUCCUCCGUUGAAGACAAAGAAGCCAAGCGUGCAGUUGAAUUAAAACACCGGUCUGAUGAACUUAUAAGCACUGAACAGCGCUAUUUUGAAACUCUAAGAAUACUCAAGGAUGUAAGUAACAAGUUAAAUACGGUUCAGCUGGAAGAUGCAGAUAUCUUACGAACAAUCUUCAAGGAUAUACCAUCUCUCUAUAUGUUACACUCCUACAUGGAUGUCGCCUUCAAAAAUUCCCAAACGCCAGUGGAUUAUCUUCUGUGGCUUGACGUUUUUACAAGCAAGGGUGUCGCGGAUUAUUUUAACAUUUACAAGAGCUUCCUUUCACAAUGCUACACUACCCACAGACAGCUCGCCGACAUAUAUGAAAAAAACAAGGAAUUUCAGGAACUCUGCAUACCUUUGGUUCAUGGCCGAAUCCUUCCACUGAUUGUUCUUGAAAUUCACAAAUGUUGA